UUCAAUGGUGACGGACUCGCAAUCCAGACGGAUAAAGAACUUAAAAGGGACACAGAAAAGCUCCCUGACCUGAAAUACUGUAUUUUGUAAAAUGGCCAGUGCUUAGACAGAGUAAAGUGACUAGCGUAAAUCAUAAAGCCAGUUUAAAUGUAGGAUCGUGGUCUACAGGAACAAACAGAUGCCAUCACAAACACCUAAUAGUUCAGAGGAACAGACUCUAAUGGACCAGGAAACAUCAAGCACCUCAGCAAGAAAUGAGCAGGCUCCCCCAUCAACCACCAGUGAUCUCUCAGAUCAGUCUAAAGCUGCCUCCAACCCCGUUCCCAUGGUUGAGUCUGUUAGGCCCAGGUUCAGUGCUGGUGUUCAGGCUAAAGAGAGGCUGAAGUUUAUUCUGGGAGCUUCUGAGGAUAACUCCUCUGAUGAGGAGCCUGUGCUCGUUCGCCAGCCACCUAGACCUCGGCGACAAUGCACAGAGACAUCCAGGGAACCUACCACGGCUGUAUUAGAGACACACCCAUCCCCUGCCCCGGCUCCGUCCUGCAGUUUGAGGCCUAGCAUGUCAGGACCCCACCUGCUGAAAAAAGGCAAGGAACACAGAAAAAUGGACGUGCACAGAGAUUUCACCGUCGCCUCGCCUGCUGAGUUUGUCACUCGCUUUGGAGGAAACCGGGUUAUUGACAAGGUGCUGAUUGCUAAUAAUGGGAUCGCUGCGGUUAAAUGCAUGCGGUCUAUUCGCCGCUGGUCCUAUGAGAUGUUUCGCAAUGAGAGAACCAUUCGCUUCGUGGUGAUGGUCACACCUGAAGACUUGAAAGCCAAUGCAGAAUAUAUUAAAAUGGCUGAUCAUUACGUGCCAGUUCCUGGGGGUCCAAAUAACAACAACUACGCCAAUGUUGAGAUGAUCGUAGAUAUUGCCAAAAGGAUUCCAGUGCAGGCGGUAUGGGCUGGAUGGGGCCACGCUUCAGAAAAUCCCAAAUUACCAGAGCUCCUUCAUAAAGCAGGGAUAUCUUUCUUAGGGCCCUCGAGUAAGGCCAUGUGGGCAUUAGGAGAUAAGGUUGCAUCUUCCAUUGUAGCUCAGAGCGCACACAUCCCCAUCUUGCCUUGGAGUGGAACAGGUCUGAGAGUUGAAUGGGGAGAGGAAAAUCAGAAACUUGGUCACGUGAUCAGUGUUCCUCCUGAACUUUAUGUCCAUGGCUGUGUUAAAGAUGUGGAUGAAGGAUUAGCGAGUGCAGAGAAGAUCGGCUACCCCGUGGUCAUCAAAGCAUCUGAAGGAGGGGGAGGAAAAGGCAUUAGAAAAGUGGACAGUUUAGAAGACUUUCCUGGCUUCUUCAGACAGGUGCAGGCCGAGGUGCCAGGUUCACCCAUUUUCAUCAUGCAGCUAGCCCAGCACGCCCGCCACCUCGAGGUGCAGAUCUUGGCCGACCAGUACGGUAAUGCCAUCUCUUUGUUCGGCAGAGACUGCUCCAUCCAGCGACGCCAUCAGAAGAUCAUAGAGGAAGCUCCUGCCACCAUCGCCUCCACCAACACUUUUGAGCAAAUGGAGCGGUAUGCAGUGCGUCUGGCUAAAAUGGUGGGCUAUGUGAGCGCUGGUACGGUGGAGUAUCUGUUCUCCGAGGACGGAAGUUUCCACUUCCUGGAGCUGAAUCCACGGCUGCAAGUAGAACAUCCCUGCACUGAGAUGAUCGCUGACGUCAACCUCCCUGCUGCUCAGCUUCAGAUAGCCAUGGGCAUCCCACUUUACAGAAUUAAGGAUAUACGUGUUUUGUACGGUGAAGCUCCUUGGGGGGACAAGCCCAUCAAUUUUGACUCUCCGGAGUGCAUUCCCUGUCCACGCGGGCACGUCAUCGCUGCACGCAUCACCAGUGAGAACCCAGAUGAGGGUUUUAAGCCGAGUUCAGGCACGGUUCAGGAGCUGAAUUUCCGUAGCAGUAAGAAUGUGUGGGGAUACUUCAGUGUGGGAGCGACGGGAGGCCUGCAUGAGUUCGCCGACUCUCAGUUUGGACAUUGUUUCUCAUGGGGUGAGAACAGAGAAGAGGCCAUCUCGAACAUGGUGGUGGCUAUGAAAGAGUUGUCUAUAAGGGGAGACUUUCGAACCACUGUGGAGUAUCUCAUUAAACUCCUGGAGACCGAGAGUUUUCGGAAUAAUGACAUCGAUACUGGCUGGCUGGACCACCUCAUUGCAGAAAAAGUACAGGCUGAGCGGCCGGACACCAUGUUAGGUGUAGUAUGUGGAGCUCUACAUGUCGCUGAUGCUAGUUUCAGAGAGAGCAUGUCUGACUUUCUGCAUUCACUGGAGAGGGGUCAGGUGUUGCCGGCUGUGAGUCUGGUCAACACAGUGAAUGUUGAUCUAAUCUACGACGGAGUCAAAUACUCCCUCAAGGUGGCCCGCCAGUCACCCACCACAUACGUCAUCAUCAUGAACGGGUCAGAUAUUGAGGUGGACGUCCACAGGCUCAGUGACGGUGGUCUCCUUCUGUCAUAUGGUGGCAGCAGUUACACAACCUACAUGAAGGAGGAGAUAGACAGCUACCGCGUCACAGUGGGAAACAAAACGUGCAUGUUUGAGAAGGAGAGAGACCCCACGGUGCUCAGGUCUCCCUCUGCUGGCAAGCUGUUGCAGUACGUGGUGUCUGACGGUUCUCAUGUUUUGGCUGGGCAGCCUUACACAGAGAUUGAGGUUAUGAAGAUGGUGAUGACCCUGCAUGUGCAGCACUCUGGUUGUGUUCACUUUAUAAAGAGACCUGGAACAGUGUUGGAACCCGGAUGUGUGGUGGCCCGCAUGGACCUGGAUGACCCCAGCUGUAUUCUGCAGGUGAAGCCGAACACAGAAGCAUUACCUUCCCAGGAGCCUUUACCUAUUAUAGGAGAGAAGCUUCACCAGGUGUUCCACAGUGUUCUGGAGAAUCUGGUGAAGAUUAUGGAUGGGUACUGUCUACCAGAGCCAUACUUCAGUGAUAAACUGAAGAAGUGGGUCGACACGCUGAUGAAGACCCUCAGGGAUCCGUCGCUGCCUCUUCUUGAACUCCAGGAGAUCAUGACCAGUGUGGCAGGCCGCAUACCGAUCACUGUAGAGAAGGCAAUCCGAAAGGUCAUGGCACAGUACGCCAGUAACAUUACUUCUGUGCUUUGUCAGUUCCCCAGCCAAAGGAUAGCAAAUAUCUUGGACAGCCACGCAGCCACACUCCAGAGAAAAGCUGACCGUGAGGUUUUCUUCAUGAACACUCAAAGUAUCGUUCAGUUGGUGCAGAGGUACCGCAGUGGCAUUAGAGGUUAUAUGAAAUCAGUAGUGCUGGAUCUGCUGAAACGUUACCUGCAGGUGGAGAUGCAAUUUCAGCAAGCACAUUAUGAUAAAUGUGUAAUCAAACUCAGAGAGAAAUAUAAGCCUGAUAUGACUCCAGUACUGGAGUGCAUCUUCUCCCACUCUCAGGUGUCCAAGAAGAAUGUUCUAGUCAUCAUGCUCAUAGACCAGUUGUGUGGACGGGACCCGACUCUUGCUGAUGAGCUCAUGGUGAUUCUGAAUGAGCUCACACAACUCAGUAAAAUGGAUAACUCGAAAGUGGCUCUCCGGGCCAGACAGGUGUUGAUCGCCUCUCAUUUACCCUCAUAUGAACUGCGACAUAACCAGGUGGAAUCCAUCUUUUUAUCAGCUAUUGAUAUGUAUGGACAUCAGUUCUGUCCCGAGAACCUCAAGAAACUCAUCCUAUCUGAGACCUCCAUCUUUGACGUCUUGCCCAGUUUCUUCUACCACAUCAACCGGGUGGUUUGCAUGGCUGCCUUAGAGGUGUACGUCCGAAGGGGCUACAUCGCUUAUGAGCUGAACAGCCUACAGCAUCAUCAGCUACAGGAUGGGACGUGAGCAGUGGACUUCCAGUUUAUGUUACCAUCAUCUCACCCCAACAGAGGGAGCAGUCCUACUUUGAACAGAGUUUCUGUUCCUGUAAGCGGUUCAGGGGAGUCAAUGCGUCGACAAGGCAGUGAGCUCUUCCUGGAGGGGGCGCUGUCGCCCCCAUGUCAGAGAAUGGGAGCAAUGGUUGCCUUUAAUAGUUUUGACCAUUUCAAAAGGUGUUUUGAUGAAGUGAUUUUCCGCUUUGCUGAUCCACCGUGCGAGAGUUCUCUGUUUUCAGAGACUUUUUCCAGCUUCUCUGAUGAGGAGAGCUGUAAGAACAUGAAGGAAAACCCCAUACACAUCAUUAAUGUGUCAAUCAAACAAGCUGACACUGAAGAUGAUGACCCUCUUGUUUCAGCGUUUACAACAUUUGCUCAGUCUAAAAAAAAUCUGCUGCAUGAGUAUGGAAUCAGAAGAAUCACAUUUUUAAUUGCACAAAAGCGAGAGUUCCCGAAGUACUUUACCUUCAGGGCCAGAGAUGAAUUCCAAGAGGACAGAAUCUAUCGUAAUCUGGAGCCGGCUCUGGCAUUCCAGCUUGAGCUCAACCGCAUGCGUAAUUUCGACCUGACGGCCGUGCCCUGCGCCAACCACAGAAUGCAGUUGUACCUGGGUGCCGCCCGUGUGGAGGAGGGGGCCGAGGUCACAGACUAUCGUUUCUUCAUCAGAGCCAUCAUCCGGCACUCUGACCUCAUCACCAAGGAGGCAUCAUUUGAAUACCUGCAGAAUGAAGGAGAGAGGUUGUUGUUAGAGGCGAUGGAUGAGCUGGAGGUGGCUUUUAGUAACACACCCACUCGUACUGACUGCAACCACAUCUUCCUUAACUUUGUGCCCACGGUUAACAUGGACCCCUCUAAGAUAGAAGAGUCUGUCCGUUCCAUGGUCAUGCGGUACGGCAGUCGUCUGUGGAAGCUGCGUGUGCUCCAGGCUGAACUGAAGAUCAACAUCCGCCUCACCACCACUGGCGACGCCAUUCCCGUCCGUCUCUUCCUCACCAAUGAGUCCGGAUACUAUCUUGACAUCAGCAUGAACAAGGAGGUCACUGACUCCACUACUGGACAGAUCAUGUUUCAGUCAUACGGAGACAAACAAGGUCCACUGCAUGGCAUGCUUAUCAACACGCCGUAUGUCACUAAAGAUCUGCUCCAGGCCAAACGCUUUCAGGCUCAGACCCUUGGCACCACGUACGUCUAUGACUUCCCUGAGAUGUUCAGACAGGCUUUGUUUAAGCUUUGGGGACCAGGAGACAGUUACCCAAAAGAUGUGUUGAUGUGUAAUGAGCUGGUCCUGGAUUCUCAAGGCAGACUCGUGCAGAUGAACAGACUGCCUGGAGACAAUGAGGUUGGAAUGGUGGCUUUCCGGAUGAAAAUGAAGACUCCAGAAUACCCAGAGGGCCGUGACAUCAUUGUUAUUUGUAACGAUAUUACUCAUAUGAUUGGCUCAUUUGGACCGCAGGAGGAUCAGCUGUUUUUAGAGGCAUCUCAGCUGGCUAGAGCGGAAGGCAUUCCACGAAUCUACAUUUCAGCCAAUAGCGGAGCUCGAAUUGGUCUGGCGGAGGAGAUCCGCCACAUGUUUCAGGUGGCGUGGAUUGACCCCGAUGACCCCUAUAAGGGCUUUAAGUACCUGUAUCUGACCCCUCAGGAUUACACUCGCAUCAGCUCGUCCAACUCUGUCCACUGUCGCCAUGUGGAGGAGAACGGAGAGUCAAGGUACAUCAUCACAGACAUCAUUGGGAAAGAAGAGGGGCUCGGAGUGGAGAAUCUGAGGGGUUCAGGCACCAUAGCUGGAGAAACUUCUCAGGCCUAUAAGGAGGUCAUCACAAUCAGCAUGGUGACAUGUCGUGCUAUUGGAAUAGGGGCGUAUCUGUUGCGUCUCGGACAGAGAGUGAUUCAAGUGGAAAAUUCCCACAUCAUCCUGACCGGGGCAGGAGCAUUAAACAAGGUGCUGGGUCGUGAGGUUUAUACCUCCAAUAACCAGCUGGGAGGAGUGCAUAUCAUGCACAAUAAUGGAGUGACACACACCACCGUGCCAGAUGAUUUCGAAGGGGUGCUUACAAUCCUACAGUGGCUGUCAUAUAUGCCAAAGAACAAUCAAAGUCCAGUCCCAAUAAUGCCUUCGACUGAUCCAGUAGAAAGAGAGAUCGAUUUCAUUCCCACCAAAGCCCCUUACGACCCCCGCUGGCUCCUUUGUGGACGACCUCAUCCCACUGUGAAGGGAGCAUGGCAGAGUGGAUUUUUCGAUCACGGUUCUUUUAUGGAGGUGAUGGCCACCUGGGCUCAAACUGUGGUCGUGGGGCGAGCCAGGCUUGGUGGGAUUCCUCUUGGGGUCAUCGCCGUGGAGACCCGUACCGUUGAAGUUGCGAUUCCCGCAGAUCCGGCUAACUUGGAUUCAGAGGCAAAGCUGGUGCAGCAGGCUGGUCAGGUGUGGUUUCCAGAAUCGGCAUAUAAAACUGCUCAGGUUAUUGAGGAUUUCAACAGGGAGAAACUUCCACUAAUGGUGUUUGCUAACUGGAGAGGCUUCUCUGGAGGAAUGAAGGACAUGUAUGACCAGGUACUGAAGUUUGGUGCUUAUAUCGUGGAUGCGCUGCUAGAGUUCAGUCAGCCUGUUCUGGUGUACAUCCCUCCCCACGCUGAGCUGAGAGGAGGAUCAUGGGUCGUGAUCGAUCCCACUAUCAACCUGCAACACAUGGAGCUUUACGCGGACAGAGAGAGCAGAGGGGGAGUUCUGGAGGCUGAAGGCACUGUGGAGAUUAAAUUCAGAAAGAAAGAUCUGCUGAAGAGCAUGCGAAGGAUUGAUGCCGUGUAUUCCAGCCUAGCCGAGCAGAUUGGUAAGCCAGAGUUGUCAGCCCAAGGGCGUAAAGACUUGGAGGCCAAACUGAAGGCCCGAGAGGAGUUCCUUCUUCCCAUCUACCACCAGGUGGCAGUUCAAUUUGUGGACCUCCAUGACACACCAGGGAGAAUGCAAGAAAAGGGUGUCAUCACGGACAUCGUGAACUGGAAGAAUGCGAGGUCAUUCUUUUACUGGCGUUUGCGGCGUCUGCUGUUGGAGGAGGUGGUUAAGGGGGAGAUCCUGCAGGCCAAUAAAGACCAGAGCAACGGGCACAUUCAGUCAAUGCUGCGCCGCUGGUUCUUGGAAACAGAAGGCACUGUUAAAGCAUACCUGUGGGACAAUAACAAAGUGGUGAUAGAGUGGCUGGAAAAUCAUCUCUCGCAGGAGGAAGGAACACAUUCUGUCAUUAGAGAGAACAUUAAGUACUUGAAGAGGGACUACGCUCUCAAACACAUCCGCAGCUUAGUUCAGGCCAACCCAGAGGUGACUAUGGACUGCAUCAUCCACAUGGCACAGAACAUCACUCCUUCACAGAGAGCCCAAAUCUGCCACCUGCUGACCACCAUGGACAACUCCACUACCAGCUGAUCUCAUCCAUACUUAACAAAAACUUGAAAAGGGAAACAUUUCCUUACACUACACAGAGACAGGACUGAGUUUAGUUUAACACAUUUUAAUAUUUUAAAUAAGAAAAGUAAAAACCAUAAAAACUAGAGAUAAAAAAGGGAGAGUUUUGGACUGUGUCUUGGAUCAGGGCAUUGGGCAGUAGCCUCAAACGCACAACUUCAGGUGUUCAGAGAUCAUCUAAUGUACUUCACUUAUCACAGUGCACAAUUGAUGUUUGUGACUUACAGUGGCCACCUUAGGAUACACGUUUUCCACAUGAGCACAGUAAUAUUGUCUUGCACAUCUUGCACAUACAUGCUUACUGCCAGUAGAUCCAGUAUAGUAUUUACCUGUGGCUCAUCUUUGUGUCAUUAAUAUGAAAAUAGCUGACAAAUGAAUGUAAAAUCAAUCAGACUGAAUGAAUCACCAAUAUAUAGUAGGCUACACAUUGCGUGAUGUUUCUCAGGAAUAUCUGACAUAAUUGAGCAAAACAAACUGAUUGUUAAAUCUCUAUUAUUAGAGUAAAGUAACAGUAUUAUACCUAAAUAGAAUCACUGUGCCUUUUCAAAUAGGAUUGUUUGCAUUUGUGUAAAUGUCAGUAAUUCUUAAUAAUGUAAUUUUUUAAAACAUAGAAAUGAACAAACAUCUAAUUUUAUAAUGCUUUAUGAAUUGGUCAUGUAUUCGUUAAGCGUGAUGUAGUAGUGCCACUGUAUGUUUCUGAUAGGAGUGUUUGUAUAUUUACAUUCUUAAAACGAGUACACAUUUCACUUGACUGCUGGAAGUAUUUCAGUUCAUAUGAAUGCAGCCGUGCUGGUUCUGUGAGUUGAUAUAAGAAUAAAGCUCUGGUACUGUA